AUGGCGUCCAGGCGUUUAUUGGGGUUUACGCGCAUUUGGGCCUUUUGUCGAGCCCCAGAGAUCCCAGACCCCUCUGCAGCCGGAAGGCUCCUAGUUCGGGGUUAUGCUAAGAAACCAGUCAUGAAGGGCGCUAAAGGUGGCAAAGGCAGUGUGGCCAGCGAGGCACUGAAGGACCCAGAAGUGUGCACGGACCCCAUCCAGCUCACCUCGCACGCCAUGGGUGUCAACAUCUACAAGGAGGGCCAGGAUGUGGUCCUGAAGCCGGAUUCUGAGUACCCUGAGUGGCUGUUCCAGAUGAACCUGGGUCCCCCCAAGACGCUGGAGGAGCUGGACCCCGAGAGCCGGGAGUACUGGCGGCUGCUGCGCAAACACAACAUCUGGCGCCACAACCGGCUGAGCAAAAACAAGAAGCUCUAG